AUGUCGUCGCAACCUCAAAUCUCCGAAGCGAGUACUAGUGUGGGUUGGUAUAUUCUUGGAUUGGACCAACAACUUAUAGGUCCUUACACUACCUCUGAGUUGCAGGAGCAUUAUUCAAGUGGAUACUUGACCCAGAACACACUUGUAUGGUCGGAAGGGUGCAGUGACUGGCAGCCGCUAUUUUCAGUUCCUGGGUUGUCUAUUAAUGCUCAACAGGAAAUUGCACCAGAUUUGGUGCCUGACACCUCUAAAGAGGAAGAUGAGUUCAAAAAGUGGCAAAGAGAAGUUACUGAGGCAGAAGCGGAGGCAGAGGCUGAGGUUAAGGUAAAUGUUGACAAUGAAAGGCCAACGACGCCACCUGAGGGUGAAGAAGAAUUCACCGAUGAUGAUGGAACUACGUAUAAGUGGGAUCGAACUCUUAAAGCUUGGGUACCUCAGGAAGACAUACCUCCGAAAGAUGAGUAUGCUCCUGAAGAUAUGACUUUUGUGCAAGAAGAAGAAGUUUUUCCAACUAUGAAUACUGAUGAGUUGACAGUGAAAAAAGAGGUUAAAGAUGCUGUUGAAGCUGAUAAAGAAAAGCCAAACAACAAACGGAAGUUGCCAGAUAAUUCAGAUGAUAAGAAAGGUGCGGAUAAGAAGGAAGCCAACAAACCUCCUGAUUCUUGGUUUGAAUUAAAAGUAAAUACUCAUGUUUAUGUCACCGGCUUGCCUGAGGACGUUACUAGUGAAGAGAUAGUUGAAGUUUUCUCCAAGUGUGGUAUUAUAAAGGAGGACCCUGAAACAAAAAGACCUCGGGUGAAGAUUUAUGUAGACAAAAAAACUGGAAGAAAGAAGGGUGAUGCUCUAGUAACUUAUCUUAAGCAAGCAUCUGUACCUCUAGCUAUUCAGAUUUUGGAUGGGGCACCUCUUAGGCCUGAUGGUAUGAUUCCCAUGACAGUUUCAGAAGCUAAGUUUGAGCAAAAAGGUGACAAGUUUGUAUCGAAGCAAGUGGACAAGAAUAAGAAGAGAAAGCAUCAGAAGGUCGAGCAGAAAAUGCUGGGAUGGGGUGGCCGUGAUGAUGCAAAGGUGUCGAUUCCAGCAACUGUUAUUCUUCGCUACAUGUUCACCCCUGCAGACCUUAGGGCUGAUGAGAAUUUGCGAUCCGAAUUAGAGGAGGAUGUACGUGACGAGUGUGGCAAACUUGGCCCCUUGGAUUCUGUCAAGGUCUGUGAGAAUAACCCGCAGGGUGUUGUGUUGGUGAAGUAUAAGGAUAGCAAGGAUGCUCAUAAGUGCAUAGAAUUGAUGAAUGGCCGAUGGUUUGGUGGAAAGCAGAUACAAGCAAGCAUAGAUGAUGGAUCUGUAAACCAUGCUUUAAUACGGGAUUUGGAUGAAGAGACUGAUAGACUGGAGAAGUUUGGAGCUGAACUUGAAGCUGAUUGA